AUGACCUUGGUAACUAUCGCCGAUGCUCCCCUAUCGCCGGCUUUCUAUCUCGUGGGCAGCAUCAUGCUUGAGCCCCCCAAAAAGCCGCAGGCGUCGGCCUGGAUGUCAUCUUCGACCACGGAUGAGAUCGGCCAUGCCAACGUGCAGUCGGACACGCUCGCGGGAAAGCCAUCGCUCACCGGUACCAUACCUUCAGCUGCGUCGCUCAAGGUGGCAGACGAGACCGAGGUCGAGGUCGACCGAGCCGUCACGGAGCUGCAGGCUCGGGGAGCUAUGCCUGUAGCGUCGACACGCACGCUGUUGCUUGCAUCCGUGGUCGACGUAUCACAUGGAUAUCCUCAAGAAGAGGGCGGCUGCGAUCCGCGAAGAGUGCCAGCCAGGGAUGCCGUUGGCUGGGGACGUUGUGGCCAAGAUGGGGCGAGGGUCGAUGAGGAAACAAACUAUUACCUGCAAUGUAAGGUAAUGUAG